AUGUCCUUGGUGUUUGCGGAUCUAGAAGAUUCCUUGGUGUUCUUACACAAAUCUAGUGGUGGAUGCUUAGUGGCAUCUAACGGCGUGAUUGGUGUGAAAUCCUCUGUUCCAUCGAUUUACAAACAAGUGAGUUUUACACCUGUUAGUUGUAUUAUUGGUCUCAUCAGACUUAAGGUCAAUUCCUAUUUAAUCAUCGCCAACAGUCAUGAAGAUGUCGGUCAGAUAAUGGGUGAGACCAUUGGUAGAGUUUCCAGCUACAAAAUUCUCCCAAUCAACAAACACAAAGAUGUUUCUAGUAAUCAGGAGGAAACUAAUUACUUGAAGUUGGUCAAAGAACAUUUGAAUAAGAAUGAUUUCUACUUUGCUGUUAACAACGUGUUUGAUUUAACUAAUAACUUGCAGACACAGUACACGGAGCCAGGCACCAAGAUUAACCUGGAGUUCUGGUGGAACAAGUACUUAAGUGAGAGCUUGCUUGACGCCGGUGCGAGUCAAGAGUUUAUCACUCCAAUCAUCAACGGUUAUGUUAAAAGUAAGUCUAUAAAGUUUGCUGGUAGUUAUCAUAAUGAAUUCAAUUACAUUUUGAUCACCAGAAAAUCCAAUGCAAGAGUCGGUACAAGAUAUUUUAGAAGAGGUAUAGAUAACGAAGGAAACGUUGCUAAUUUCAACGAAACCGAACAAAUCAUCUUUACCAAUAAUGAUCAAGUUUUGAGUUUCUUACAGAUUAGAGGGUCGGUUCCACUUUACUGGAGUGAAAUCAACAACUUGUGCUAUAAACCAAACUUGGUCGUUUCUACCAAAAAUGCUAUUGACGCUACUGUUCAGCACUUUUCGAAUCUGGUGUCCAACUAUGGGGAGAUUUUCUGUGUAAAUCUCGUCAACAACAAAGGCUAUGAAUUGCCUAUCAAAGAAGGAUAUGAAUCGAUUGUGAACAGUUUGCCCUCUACUCUUAAGAAGGCAGUACAUUAUGUCUACUUUGACUUUCAUCACGAAUGUAAGAACAUGAAGUUUGAAAAUGCUGACAAAUUGAUCCCAAUCUUGGAAAAUAUGGGCUUUGACCAAGCCAACUACUUUCAUUAUGAUUUCAAGAAUCAAAAAGUGGUGAAUUUACAAAAGAAGUGUGUCAGGACAAAUUGUAUGGACUGUUUGGAUAGAACUAACGUGGUACAGUCUAUUCUCUCUCGGUACAUUUUACAGAAGAAUUUUAGUGAGUUGGGAUACUUAGACUAUGCUACCCCUUGGAAACAAGUGGACCCAGAGUUUAACUUUAUAUUUCAGAAUAUUUGGGCUGAUAAUGCUGAUGCCGUUUCUAGAAGUUACAGCUCAACUCCAGCUUUGAAAACUGACUUUACUAGGUUGGGCAAGAGAACUAUAAGAGGAUCCUUACUGGAUUUGAAUAAUUCCAUUAUCAGAUACUACAAUAACAAUUACCACGAUGGUGUUAGACAGGACUCAUUUGACUUGUUUCUCGGAAAGUUUAAGCCGUAUGAACUGGUUGAAAAUCCGUUCAUCGAUUACAGACCAAACUAUAUUCAAUUGCUUCCAUACUUGUUAACAACCUCGUUCUUGAUUUUGUUUUCUAUGAUAUUAUACCCUAAAGGGUCUUUGACUAACUUCAAGAACUUGCUUACGGUGUCGGUCUGUUUAGCAUUCCAAUUUAACCUGUUCAAGUACAUUUUAGCCAACUCUUAUCAAUUUGUGAACUGGCCCAACUUGGUGAACUUGGACUUUUUGACUAAAACCAAGGUAAGAGAUUCCACUAGAAGAGUUACCGGUAUCAAGUACGAUACUGCCAAGGACUUUAAAGUGCAAACCAAAAAGAGUAAUUAA